AUGGCCGACAACGACACCGAGAGCAUGAGCGCGCGCGACGACGCCUCGACCGUCGAGAUUGAGAUUGGCACCACUGGCGCGGCCGGCGGCGACGUCGAGAUGGAGGGCGCCGCCGCGGGCGACGAGACGCCGUACGAAAAGGGUCCCGUCGAGGACGCCGAGACGAGCGUCAUCCAGGAGGACCCCGUGGCCGAGACGCGCCCGAGCUUCAUCGAGUACCUGUCGAGCCCCGUCGUCACGCUGCUGGUCGGGCAGGACGCGCAGACGGUGCUGACGGCGCACCAGGCGCUGCUGUCCAAGAGCCCAUACUUUGCGCAGGUGUGCCAGACCUUUAUCGAAGACGGAAGCGCGCGAUCCAUUGAGCUCCCCGAGGAGGACUACAACGCCAUGGGCAGCUUCCUCGAGUUCCUCUACACGGGCGAGUACUUCCCGCGCAAGGUGCCUGGGCAGCGCGUGCUCGAGCACGACCCCUCGGCGCCGGGCAUCGACGACAGCGGCGACCACCUGCUGCGCCACGCGCGCAUCUACACGCUCGCCGAGAAGUUUGGCAUGGAGCUGCUCAAAAAGCUCGCCUCGUCCAAGAUUCACUGCAUCAACUCGACGGCCCGCGGCGAGCUUGCCUACGCCCGCUACGUCUACGCCAACACGGCCCCCGACGACGCCGCCAUCCGCGCCCCCAUCGCCAGCUUCUGGGCCGCCCGCUCGCACGCCCUCCGCGCCGAGGCCGAGGUCGAGUUCAAGAGCCUGUGCUUGGAGCACCCGCAGUUUGGUUACGACGUGCUGACCCGUGUUUUGGAUGAUAAGCUCAAGAGGGAGCGAAACGAGAAGAUGCACCCCGCCACAUCCGGCAGCGGCCGCAAGCGCUCAAGACUCAGCCAAAGCUCUCAUUAG